AUGAAAAAAUUAUAUACCACAAAAAAGCCUACAAAAGCAAAGAAAAAAACUGUUACAAGAUAUUGUUCUAUGUGCAGAAAAGCUGGGCAUACAAAAAUGAAUUGCCCCAAAGUCUGCAGAGCAGGACACUCCAUAUCUAAAAAAGCUAAACAGAUCAAUAAUAUUUCCCAAUAUGGAUAUAUUAGCCAAAGCCAAUCAGAAGAUGAAAUCGAAUACGAUCAAGAAGAAACUAGCCAAUCAGAAACUGACCAAGAAAAUAGCGAGAUUGAAUCUCAAGAAACUAAUUGCUUUAAUUUAAAAAAAAAAGUGGGUAAAUUGUUUCCUGAAAUGAAAGACUCAUAUUAUUCAUAUCAUUUAAAAAACUAUACAAAAAAAGAAGUAGACAAGGUCUGGGAAAAUAUAAUAAAAAAGUAUCAAGUUAUUUUAGAACCAUUAUUUCAAGCAUGCUCUAGUUCUUCUCACGAGCUCGAGAAGAUAGAAGGGUCUUCCUCUUCUGCGAAGCAGGACACUUUGUGUCUAAAUUAUGCUAUAAAACAAUAUCAAGAAGCUCAAUUAUAUCGAAAUUGGUUUGACUCAUUAAAAAUAAACUUUUUGCAAAUAAAAGAACCCAAUAAUUAUGCUACUAUUUCAUGUAAAGUAUAUGAUUUAGAAAUACCCCAUGCAUUACUCGAUACAGGUUCAGAUGGGUCACAUAUUUCUGAAAAUAUCGCAAACCAUUUUAUAAAAUAUUUUGGGUUAAAAUUAGAUAGAAAAAAGAUUUAUAGACUAACAGGUGCUGUAGGCGAAAAACAAUCUAUUGGAAGCUUUUCUGAUAUACCUGUUACUAUAGGUAUUGAAAAUGAUACCUUAACAAUUUCAGAUGAGUUUUCAGUUUUACCAACAGAAAAAGAUAAUAAUGGUAAUAAUAUAUCAUUAUUUAUUCUUGGUACUAGAUGGCAACAUCGAGCUGGCUGGGAACCUAUAGUAAAGGGUGAGUUUACAGCAUCAGCUAAUGGAAAGACUAUUACUAUUCCACUUUCUGUUUAUAAUAAAAAUGAAGAAUCAAAGCUUCGAAUUUCCAAUUCACUCAAAAAAAAAUAA